GUCCUUGCUAGCUGGGGACCCGGAUGCUGGUGGUGUAGCUGUAUGGAUGUCUCCAGCAGUUCCGACCAAGAGUAGAGGCGUUUGACUGACUAGAUACUUGGAGGAGACGGUCUGGUGUGAAGAUGUUGCUUUGGCUGCUGGGAGCUGCGUUGGUAGCUCGAGCGGCUGGCUUCUACCUCCCGGGUCUCGCUCCGGUCAGCUUCUGUGAGCCUGGCAAAGACAAAGUGCCAGACUGUAAGUCGACCAUUGAGCUGUUUGUGAACAGGCUGGAUUCUGUGGAGUCAGUUUUGCCUUAUGAAUACACAGCGUUUGACUUCUGCUCAGAGGAAACAGAGAAACGUCCAUCAGAAAACCUUGGCCAGGUGCUUUUUGGGGAGAGAAUUGAACCUUCGCCGUACAAGUUUGAAUUUAUGAAACGUGCACAAUGUCAGAAGGUGUGCACCAGAACCUAUGACACUGGCGUCCAGGCAGACAGAGCCAAACUGGACUUCCUCAAGAAAGGCAUGCUACUCAACUACCAGCAUCACUGGAUUGUGGACAACAUGCCGGUCACCUGGUGCUAUGAUGUUGAAGAUGGACAGAAGUUCUGUAACCCGGGUUUCCCCAUUGGCUGUUAUGUAACAGAAGCAGGCCGACCAAAAGAUGCAUGCGUGGUCAAUUCUAACUUCAAUGAAAAGGAUGCUUUUUACAUCUUCAACCAUGUGGACAUCACCAUCUACUACCACGUUGUUGAGCAUGAGCAGCUUGGAGCACGGCUGGUUGCUGCAAAGAUUGACCCCAAAAGCUAUGAAAACCCCAAUGAUGGCAGUCCAGAUUGUUCUGGAGGACCAAAGUUCCUGAAAAACAAACAUGAAGGCGUCUUCAAAAUCCCGUAUACCUACACCAUUGACUUUAAGGAAGACAAGAGUAUCCGCUGGGCGUCUAGAUGGGACUACAUCCUGGAGUCAAUGCCUCACACCAACAUCCAGUGGUUCAGCAUUAUGAACUCCUUGGUGAUUGUGUUGUUCCUGUCUGGAAUGGUGGCCAUGAUCAUGCUGCGCACUCUUCAUAAAGACAUUGCAAGAUACAAUCAGAUGGAUUCUGUGGAGGAUGCCCAGGAGGAGUUUGGCUGGAAGUUGGUCCAUGGAGACGUUUUCCGACCCCCCAGAAAGGGAAUGCUGUUAUCAGUUUUCCUCGGCUCUGGCACCCAAAUCUUCAUCAUGACUUUUGUCACCCUUUUCUUUGCCUGUCUUGGGUUCCUCUCGCCGGCUAACCGCGGGGCUCUUAUGACGUGUGCUGUUGUUCUCUGGGUUCUUCUGGGAACUCCUGCUGGAUUUGUGGCAGCUCGCCUCUACAAAUCUUUUGGAGGAGAGAAGUGGAAGACCAAUGUUCUGCUGACAGCUUUACUCUGUCCAGGGGUGGUGUUUGCAGAUUUCUUUGUGAUGAACUUGAUCCUGUGGGGUGAAGGAUCCUCUGCAGCCAUGCCUUUCGGCACUCUCGUAGCCAUAUUGGCUCUUUGGUUCUGUAUCUCAGUGCCGCUGACCUUUAUAGGAGCGUACUUUGGCUUCAAAAAGGCUGGUAUUGAACAUCCUGUACGGACAAAUCAGAUUCCUCGUCAAAUCCCAGAGCAGUCAUUCUACACUAAGCCCUUCCCUGGUAUCGUCAUGGGAGGAAUUCUGCCUUUUGGAUGCAUAUUUAUUCAGCUAUUCUUCAUACUAAACUCCAUCUGGUCCCAUCAGAUGUACUACAUGUUUGGCUUCCUUUUCCUUGUCUUCAUUAUUUUGGUCAUCACCUGCUCUGAGGCCACCAUCUUGCUUUGCUACUUCCACCUAUGUGCUGAGGACUACCAUUGGCAGUGGCGUUCCUUCCUGACUAGUGGAUUCACUGCUGCCUAUUUCCUUGUUUAUGCAAUUCACUACUUCUUCUCAAAGCUGCAAAUCACUGGACUGGCCAGCACCAUCCUGUACUUUGGAUACACAAUGAUCAUGGCUCUCAUCUUUUUCUUAUUCACUGGUACAAUUGGUUUCUUUGCCUGUUUCUGGUUUGUUACCAAGAUCUACAGUGUGGUCAAGGUGGACUGAAAGAUCCAGUAAACCCGCAGACCAUAGGGAUGGAUGGAGGACCCUCCCGGCCUUCAUGAGACUGGACUGGACUGAUGGACUUUGUAACCUGGACAUUCCCCCCCAUCUUUUUCUCUAGCACAGAGGUGUCUGUGCCUGCAUGUGCACACGUGUUUAUAAUAAUGUAAAUUAAAGCUCUACAUGCAGACAGUUUCACUGAAACCAACCCUGACUGUACAAGCCUUUUGUGGAUCCAUUUAAAGCUGGUUCACUUUACUCAACCUAGAGCUAACUCUAGCUCCGGUCCGGAGAUAGUCAUUAGCAUAUUUAAGUUUGUUUGAUCGUCUGUUCUCUUCUUGUUUGCAGGUGUUGUUUGAAACUGUGGUUUUAUAAAUAAAGCUGUGAGGGUCUGCUUCUUA